GGGUGGUGAUUUGACCAAGCUGGGUGAAAACCAGGCCAUCCAGCUCGGGCAGCAAUUCCGGCAUUCCAUCUACCCCGAUUCUCCGUAAGUAUUGGAUCGUCUGUUGUCGCAACGCGUAUAUGCAAUCGCCUUGCAUCGCAAGGAUUUUAUGGUCUCGCACUUGCUAGUUUCGCAUCGAAUGCAUACACUCGAUGAGGGGUUCUUCGACUAGAACCACAAACAAAUUUUCUCUAACUAACCAACCAACCAACACACCGAUAUUGCACACACUCUGUUGAACGGAAUUGAAUCAACUUGAAUCACAGUGGCGGAGGAGUUUUGAGGCUUCAUUCUACGUUUCGCCACGAUCUGAAAAUAAAAACCAGCGACGAAGGAAGAGUAAUGAAAACAGCUGCCGCUUUUGCAAAGGGGUUGCUAGAUUUAGAGGGAGAUAUUCCCCCCAUCCUGGUUUCGUUGGUCCACAAGGAAAAGGGGAGUAUGCACAUGCUGGACCCUUCCGGCGACAAGGAUGUCAAGUUAGAACUGGACGAAUGCAAGGAAAAAAUAUCGCAGCAUCUCCAAGAGGAUAUCGACUGGCGAGACAUGACCGAAGAAGAUCGCAUCCGCCUGGUCGGACCUCCCGAGGUUACCUCGCUGAGAGACGCUCUCGCCAAGAUUGGCAAUCCUCGUAAGACACUUCAAACCAUCUAUCAAACGAUGGGUACUUUGAUCGAAGAAUUGGAAGAAAUGCUCGGUAGGGGGGAAAGUGGAGACGAAAAAGCCUCCGACGAAGGAGACAUCCAAAAGGGAGAUAGCGAAGAUGCGGAUGCCCAGUUAAGUGGCGUCAAGUUGUACAAGGGAGAAACUCUGUUGGAACUGACAGAACGGUGGCGGUUUAUCUACACGCGGCUAUACGAUGCCGAGACGGACACCUUUGAUCUGUCACGGAUCCCAGACGUCCUGGACAACGUUAGGUUUGAUGUCCUACACAACCCCCAUCUUGGCUUGACAUCGAUCUUGCACAAGCUUUAUUCGCUGGCAAAAGACAUGGCGGACACUGUUGUGCCACAGGAGUAUGGCACAACCCUSGCUGAGAAGCGGAGCGUGGGCAUCAAGGUCUGCAGCUCCCUCCUCGAGAAAAUUCGUUUCGAUUUGCACAUUGCCAGAACCGACAAUAAAACAGACAUGCGGUACAUGAUCAACAUGGACUACAGCGCGGAUCUCCCCAUCACCACCAUGGGCCGUCGCAUCCGUACUCGCUUAUACUUUACCUCGGAAAGUCACUUGCACACACUGAUCAAUGUCCUUAGGUUUGCCGCCAACACUGACGCCGGUGGUUCUUCUUUCUYGGRCACCAAUUGCUCCUCCCCCGUGUUAUCUCCGUUUGGGUUUGGCUUUCUGAACGAAUCUAAGGAAGUCUGCUACCUGACCCAGGUUGUCAUUCGGCUUUUCGAAGACACCGGUCGCCGAAUGAGCGAUCCCCGGCGCUACCGCGUCGAAAUUCUCUUCUCGGCCGGUGCGACCGGGACCCCCAUCCACCAGUGCAAAUCGACGAAGGAAACGGACGCAACMCGCCUGGAUACAGAGCCCCUCGUAGCCGUAGGCCGAGAAGGUCUAACAUGCCAAGAGGUCGAGGCAUUUUUUGAUUCCAUUAUCGCCGAACGAGGUCAGAGCGAUGGCAACCACGACGUCGACGCAAUUUCUGAACACAGCGGCCCACCGAAGACUCCUAUGGGCAAUCCCAUUGAUAGCGAUGGCAAGAAUCUCCCGACCCCAAAGACUGUGAAUACAAAUUCAGUUGCUUCUUGCGCCACUGAAUCCCAAAAAAUCACCUCGGAUGAGGGAAGCGAGCAGAAUCAACCACAAAAGAACGAUGGAAAUCUCAGCAACAGAAAUAAUGCUGUCUCUUCUCCUCCCAAUCCAAGCGUGCGGAAGCAAAAUGGCAGAAAAGCUGCCGAGAAUCACACGAGUAACAGGGAAGAGAAGGGAAAGAGCGAUGUGACUCGGGAUUCGUCGGCGGUUUCGUCGUCGUCACCACCCGAACGCUCCGAAUCGAGCAGGAUCGGCGGGGCCAGACCAAGUAGGGCGGAUGAAGACGACCACAACAAGGCGGUUCGCGAUCACCAACUCUUUUACCUUACCAUAGCUACCACCGCACUAGUGAUGGGGGUUGGCUGCCUGGUCCUCGCUACAGGAUUGACGGGGAAUCCACGCAACCGGCGGCAUUUCUCGCAUUUCUCGCAGCGGUAACCACCAAAACGGAACUACCUGCGCUCACAACGAAAGCUCGACAUGCUGGUCACAGCAAACGAGGAAAAACGAAACCACACCGCCUGCGGUUGCCCCAGCCCCACUGUAUACUUGAUAAUACAAAUAAGACACAAAC